UUAGCCCCUCAGAGACUGUGAGUCAGCACUGUCCUCGGGAUUGGUCUCUCCCCUUAGCUUCCCGCCCCUGGGGAGGAGCCAGUCAGCUCUAGGUCCAGCCCGUUCUCCUCACAGCCAGAGAAGAGGCUCCACGCUGGGCGGGGAUGGGGCCUGAAACUCUCUGGGCCUGAGCCCGGGGAGCCAGAGCCACUUGUCCCUCUCCCUCCCCAGGACCCUUGAGAUCCCUGGGCCAGAGAGGUCCGAUCAGGCUAAGGGCCUGGGAUGCCCCCUGCCUGGCCCCCUUGCCCUGACUGGCAGGGGGGCCAGGCUGGGCAGCAGCCUCCCUCUCACUCCAGCCAUGGAUCUCCUGCCCCCCAAGCCCAAGUACAACCCACUUCGGAAUGAGUCUCUGUCAUCGCUGGAGGAGGGAGCUUCAGGGUCCACCCCACCGGAGGAGCUGCCUUCCCCAUCAGCCUCGUCUCUGGGGCCCAUGCUGCCACCUCUGCCUGGGGACGAUAGUCCCACUACCCUGUGCUCCUUCUUCCCCCGGAUGAGCAACCUGAAGCUGGCCAACCCGUCUGGGGGGCGCUUGGGGCCGAAGGGGGAGCCAGGAAGGGCAGCCGAGGAUGGGGAGGGGAUCGUAGGGGCAGCCAUGCCGGACUCAGGCCCCCUGCCCCUCCUCCAGGACAUGAACAAGCUGAGUGGAGGCGGCGGGCGCAGGACUCGGGUGGAAGGGGGCCAGCUGGGGGGCGAGGAGUGGACCCGCCACGGGAGCUUUGUCAAUAAGCCCACGCGGGGCUGGCUGCAUCCCAACGACAAAGUCAUGGGACCCGGGGUUUCCUACUUGGUUCGGUACAUGGGCUGUGUGGAGGUCCUGCAGUCAAUGCGCGCCCUGGACUUCAACACCCGGACUCAGGUCACCAGGGAGGCCAUCAGUCUGGUGUGUGACGCUGUGCCGGGUGCUAAGGGGGCAACAAGGAGGAGAAAGCCCUGUAGCCGUCCACUCAGCUCCAUCCUGGGGAGGAGUAACCUGAAAUUUGCUGGAAUGCCAAUCACUCUCACCGUCUCCACCAGCAGCCUCAACCUCAUGGCAGCAGACUGCAAACAGAUCAUCGCCAACCACCACAUGCAAUCCAUCUCGUUUGCGUCUGGCGGGGACCCGGACACAGCCGAGUAUGUCGCCUAUGUUGCCAAAGACCCGGUGAAUCAGAGAGCCUGCCACAUCCUGGAGUGUCCCGAAGGGCUUGCUCAGGACGUCAUCAGCACCAUUGGCCAGGCCUUCGAGUUGCGUUUCAAACAAUACCUCAGGAACCCUCCCAAGCUGGUCACCCCCCAUGACAGGAUGGCUGGCUUUGAUGGCUCAGCUUGGGAUGAGGAGGAGGAAGAGCCACCUGACCAUCAGUACUAUAAUGACUUCCCUGGGAAGGAACCCCCUCUUGGGGGGGUGGUGGACAUGAGGCUUCGGGAAGGAGCCCCCCUGGGGACUGCUCGACCCACUCCACCCAGUGCCCAGACCCCUAGCCACCUGGGAGCCACGCUGCCAGUGGGGCAGCCUAUUGGAGGAGACCCAGAAGCCCGCAAACAGAUGCUGCCCCCGCCACCCUGCCCAGGCAGAGAGCUCUUUGAUGAUCCCUCCUAUGUCAACGUCCAGAACCUAGACAAGGCACGGCAAGCAGGCGGUGGGACCGGGCCCCCCAAUCCUGCCAUCAAUGGCAGCGCGCCCCGAGACCUCUUUGACAUGAAGCCCUUUGAAGAUGCCCUGCGGGUGCCUCCACCUCCCCAGUUGGUGGCCAUGGCUGAGCAGCUCCGAGGGGAGCCCUGGUUUCACGGGAAGCUGAGCCGGCGGGAGGCUGAGGCACUGCUACAGCUCAAUGGGGACUUCCUGGUGCGGGAAAGCACGACCACGCCUGGCCAGUACGUGCUCACUGGCCUGCAGAGUGGGCAGCCCAAGCACCUGCUACUGGUGGACCCUGAGGGUGUGGUUCGGACAAAGGAUCACCGCUUUGAGAGUGUCAGUCACCUCAUCAGCUACCACAUGGACAAUCACUUGCCCAUCAUCUCUGCGGGCAGCGAACUGUGUCUCCAGCAACCUGUGGAGCGGAAACUGUGAUCUGUCCCAGUGCUCUCUCCUAGAAGAUGCCCUGCGACCCCUUCCACCCUAUUGCCCAACUCUCAGGACCUCACUUGGGAGUGUUCUGUGGGCUUGGCCUUGUGUAGGAAUGGGGGUAGUGUGGACAUUGGGUUCAGCAUCCAGCUGAGUGAGAGGGUUUGAGUCAGGAGCCAGGGGUAGAGUCCUACUUCUCCCCAAACCUCACCAAAGUAUUAAUGUACAGAGUGGCCCCCUUCCCUGGGCCUUUCCUGUGCCAACUUGAUACCCCCUUCCCCAAGGUGGGUGCUGGAGGCCUGGGCAGUAUGCCUCCUUGUAAUGGAAAAUGUCCUGUGGUGAUAGGCCCAGUGGAGCAAUCACCCUUCCAGGGAAGGGGGAAUGAAUCACACCUUUAGUCUGCCCCUGGGCUCAGGGUACCCCAGACCCCUCUCAACAACCCUCCCUCCCAGCGUUUAAACUUUGUGCCUUUGACCAUCUGCUAGGUCUGAAGAUAUUUUAUGCAAAGAGUUCUUGGGCCCCUGAAGUCAAGCAUGGGGGUGCUGACACCUUGGCUUCUGGGACCCCGUCCUCUCCUUGCUCAGUACCCCCUCCCGUUUAGGUUGGGUGAACAGAGGCAGGAGUGGCAGCUGUCCCCGGGGAUGCAGCCCUUAGAGAUUGCCUCAGAGCCCCCUCCCAGCCAGUGGGGAGAUGGACCCUCCCCUUGCUCAGUGCCUCUCGGGUAGGGCCCCUCACCCCAGGGGGUCUAUAUAUACAUUUGGCAAGUCCACCCCCCCCACCAUGUUGCAUGCAUGUUAUACUCUAGAGCCAAAGUACAGCCCUUCCUCCUGUAGCCUCUGCCCUGCCUCCCCCUGCUGGGGUGGUGGGGGGAUGACUGAAGUGUCAUCCUAGGUGGAUUUUGUGGAGGUGGGAACAGGGGCACUGAGACUCUAAAGCAGUAGACAAUCCCCAGAUACCAUCGGUAGAUUUGGACCUGCGUUUAUUUUUUAUUUUAUAUGCAUAUAUUUUAGGGCUGUAGAUUUACUUCACUAAUUUGUUUUCCAUAGCUUAUUCCUGAGCACAAAAUGAUAAUAAUCGAUUUAUACAUCACCUUUUUGACUUCUCAAAGCCCUUUUACAACUAUUGGCAUUUUCCUCACCCCGGCCUUUGCCGGUAGCGUUGUCUUUUCUGAGAGACCAGAGGCCGAGUGUGAGCUAGGACUAGAGAAACUUGGACCUCCCACCGCGAGGCUGGGAGGCAGAAGUUUGGCUGAAUGAGUGUUAGUUUCACACCGGGCGGGAGGGGGCGGGGGCUGGGGGACACUUAAAGCCUGCAGUUAUUGAAUCCCUUCUCCAGGCCGGGUCCUGCCGCAACGACAGAGGAGCCGGCCCUGCUCUGUCAUUAGGCCUUGUGGAUAAGGGAGGGUGGACUAUCUAAAUCCUCACCUCCCUUUUUUUUCUUUUCUUAUUGUUUGGAUGUUUUCACGGGUCUCACUUAUACCAAAGGGAAAGAAUCUUCAUUAAAGUCCAUAUUUCUUCUACCUCGGC